CGCAGACAAGAUGGCGGGUGCCGGAUCACAAUUGCGCAAGACAGUUACGUAACUAGAUAAUAUCUCUUACAGGAUAGACCGUUGGGAAUCGACAAUGCGGAGGUCCGACUGGAAUAAGAUCAAGGAAAAACUGAGUGAGCUUCACGAUGAGCUGGAGGCGAAAGACCUGGUCGAGCACCUGUACGAGAAGGAUGUUUUCAGUGACGAUGACAAGGAAAGAAUCCUGCUCGAGACAACUCGCAAAGAUAAAGCAAAGAGACUCCUGGACAUACUCCGGACCAAGGAGCUGCAAGAUGGCGAUGUUUAUGAAGUCUUUCUGGUCCAGCUGAGACGCACACAGCCUCACUUGGCGGAUAUGCUGAAACCACCUGGGAGAGCUAGAAGACAAAGAGCAGCGGCAACAGAGUCAUAUAAUAUCAGGAACCUGGACACAGAUCAACUUUGUGAGUUUCUAGCCCCAUUGCUCAAGAAGAACAAUAUUGAUGAGGAUGUUCUGAAAACAAUGAAACAGGAGAAAAUUGAUGGCAGUGUAUUUCUGACCAUGGACAGAAGCUCAAUGAAAGAGGUAUUCCCUGAUUUGAAAUUUGGAGAAAGAACUAAGAUCUUAAUGGAAAGGGAUGAAUUCAUCGAGAGUGGUAAGCUACAAACUGGAUUACAGGGGGAUGUCAUGUCUGUAGAGCGUCGUCUGCAAGAAAGGGAAUAUGCAAGAAAGUUUGACACCAAAACAGGCUGCACAGAAAAGUACAAGAAAGGGAAGAUUCUUGAAAACCUCCAGACACGUCCUGGCAACAUGAUCGACCCAACCCACUACUGUAUCACGUUUGAUGGUUUAGAUAAAGACUCUGCUCUUGAGGCAAUUGGAUGGGAAACUAUGAAAUUUGCCUCAGCCUGUAUGAAUGACCGCACUAAUGGGACGGUACACUUUGGCGUCUAUGAUGGCUCGGAUACCGAUCACUCACAUGGCGAAGUAUUGGGUAUAACACUGGAACGGAAGGAUUGUGAAGACACUAUUGUCAAAUCAAUUCAGAACUGUUUUCCUUCUGAUCAACAAGACGUUGCCUCUGAAUGCAUUCAUCCUGCCAAAUAUGUAGACGUUAUUGACAACAAGGAGGUCUGUGGCUAUAUUCUAGAGAUAGAUGUUGAACCCCAAGAACGCCUUGUUAAGGAUCAAGCAUUUUUUAUAAAAGAUCAGUAUAUGAAACCACGUCAGAAAGGAUCAGGUCAAAAACUGUUCAGGUUGAAAUCGGGUGCCCCUGAUGAUGAGAGUGCAGAUGGGGUUUAUCAGUACAUGAGUACAAAGUCAACACUUGAUGAAAAAAGGAAAGACGCUGAGAAAAUAUAUGUGGCAAAAACAGCACAAGGCAUGAAUAUGCUUCAACAACUCCGCAUGUUCCUUUGUGACGGGGAUACACAAAUGGGAGAUAUAUAUCCAAUUCUUGUAAUCAGCCCACUUGACAAAAGCAUGUCAUCACAGGAAAUCCAUGCUCGCUUUUCUUUCAUUGCGGACUUCGAGUGGGUGUGUAUCUUUGACUUUGAUCCUGAAGGGCACAAAACGGGUAUCUAUGAAUACCUUACAGAAGAACAGAAGAUGGCUUUCAAACUGAUGCUUACAGACGAUUUUGACCAGAGAGGAUGUGAACACCAUGAAGCAAAAUCCAGAGAUGACAAACUAAAUGAAGACAUGGAAUCAUCACAUCUUAAACCGUGGAUUUUCUGCAAUGGCUUUGAACCUUUGGAAAACCAGGUUUGGGAGUUUUGGAAUGGAAGAAAAAGAGAAGUGAAGGAUUUAAAGAAGCAGUAAGGUACUUUUCUCAUCUGGUACCAAAUGACAGGGCCAUGCUAGUUUACCUUCUGGUUUCCAAAGAAUAUGAUGUUAUGCUCGAAGCAGCAGAGGAGCUAAUCCAAAGAUUCCAGAAUCAGUGGAUGAUGUUGGCAGAAUCGAACGCUGUAGCUGCACAAUGGAAGGAACAGCUAUUUAACAGACAAGUUGAUGACCAAACUUCUCUGAAUACCCGAUGUCUAACUCAGUGUAAGUGGGAAGAAAUCAACGCAUGCUUGAAGGAGAUAACAGGUCCAGAUGACCCACUGACAAAAGCUGAAUGUCAUUUGACUACAACAACGGGUGUAUAUACGGUACUUCCAAAGAACACGCAGAAUGAAAUGUGUGAUCUUGAGAUAUUAAGUGCCACAGCUUGUAGUGAGCUGGAAACAAUGGGGGAAGAAGAAAAAUUCAAAAUCCAAACGGAGGCAGAAAAACACUUCUACGAAGGUCAUUCUCCAUCAUGGGUGAAUUUUUAUUCUGCUCAUGUUCAAACACGAAAGAUUCAUGGCAGUAUUCUGGAGAAUGUGAAAGAUACGCUCAAAGGAAAUGUUUCAGAUAACCACAAUAUCGGCCGAGUAACAUUAUACCACCAACCAGGAUCGGGUGGCACAACAACAGCAAAGGGGCUUCUGUGGGACCUGAAGGAAAGGUACAGGUGUUGCAUUCUUCACAAAUAUUCCAAGGAAUCUCACAAACAAAUUGUAUCCCUGUGGCAGUACAAGGAAGAGAAACGCAGUCCAGUACUUGUGAUGGUAGAUAAUCUUGAAGAAGAUAAACUCCAAACUCUGAUGGAAUUGUUAAAAGUUGAAGCAAGCACUCACUUCCAAGGAUUUCCUGGUGUUUUGUGUGUUUUACUCAUAUGUCAUCGACAAACAUGUCUUCCUACAAACAGAGAAGGAAUGAUGUUUAUGUUGACUCAAGAAUUAAACCCUGAAGAAAAGAACUGGUUUCAAUCAAAAUACUUUGAACUAACGCAAAGCUUCAAAAGACAAAAAGGACCCAAUCCAAAAAAUCUUUUGUCACUGAACAUUAUGAAGGAAAAUUUCAGCGAAAUUUACAUUGAAAAUACCGUAAACGAGAUCAUACUGAGUAUAAAAUCUCACCAGGAGAAAUCUCUGCUGAAAUAUGUAUCACUCCUAAAUGCCUAUGACCUCCGUUUCCGUGGUGUGCCAGUUCCUUGCUUUGACCUUCUCAUGUCAGAGAGAAAGCGCAUAACAGGACAGCGAUGGGAGAAAUGUUUAAGCACCCCAUUGAAGAUGCUUAUAACCACUACAAAAGAUCAAACAAAAUCUAUACGUGUCAUAAAUCCAUUACUUUGUAAGUGGAUUCUGACAAUUCUCAUGAAAGUGGAU